GCGCACGAUGUCUUUUCUGAACUUCAAAAAAAAAAUAUUGCAACAUUUGAUUUAUCUACACAAAAGGGGCAUUGCAGUCCUGACAGAUGAGGUGAUUUUACCUUGAAAUAAUGCAACCUUGAAUCAACCCAUGAAACUGAUUUAACAAUAAAAGUGCAAUAUAAAACUAACAAUGGGCACAAGUUAAUAAAAGAUGAAGAGAAUGAAGUUCUUAAAAGAUAUAGAAAAGCUGAAAUGUUUGUUCUCAAGACGAUGUCCCCAGAUGGUUGGGAUACAUUUUCAUACAAUGCCUCCAAGAUUAGGAGGUAUUGGUGCUUCUAAAGACAAGCUGGUGGUACAUAAUGGAGACUUCCACUCCUUGAUGAGACAUGUACCACAACCAGGUAGGAAUGCUUAAGGAUAUAAGCCCUGGACUCAGUGCAUUGUGGACUGAUCCUAUCCUUUAAAGUGGUGGUAGUUACAACAGCAAAUAUGAUAGAUGGUGGAAAGGGCUACUUAAAAAGAGGUAUCACAUGCAGCUCAUUCACAAGUGUCUCAAUAAAUCCUCCUAUCAUCUCCUUUUGUAUGAAGAUUCCAAGUCGCAUGCAUAACUUAUUACAAGAAACCAAACAGUUUGCUGUUCAUGUUCUCAACCAGAAUCAGGUGAAAUAUGGCUUACAUUUUUCUAAACCAGUGCAAGAUGACAUAAACCAGUUCCACUUAGUUCCACAUGAACUUACUCCACAGGGCAUCCCUGUGAUCUGUGGUGCUGCUGGUGUUCUGCACUGUAUGGCUCACUCUGUACACAAUGUAGGGGACCAUGCUGUAUGGUACGGCAGUGUCACACAAACUAAUGUACACCAAUCAGACAUUCAUCCAUUGCUUUAUUUCAAAAGGUCAUUCCGUUCUGUUGGGGAUGAAGCAUUUAUGAAUGCAUUUGAGGAGAGGACACUUCCAUUUGAAGACUGGACACAUGAGGCUCAUCUCAGGAUGGCUUGGAACUACAUCAUGAAAUAUGGGGAGCAGGCAGAGCCUUAUAUAAAGAAUGGAAUACAAAGAUACAAUGAGCAAAAUAAACAUUUGAUAUCAACAGGCUACCAUGAAACAGUGACAAAGUUCUACAUUCACAUGGUCACCUAUGCAAUAAACAUCAGUAGUAACCCAGAUAUAACAUUUGAGGAAUUCUUAACAGAGCAUCCAUACCUUACAGACCGCAAUCUGUUGUUUGAAUAUUACACAAAAGAAUGCAUCAGCAGUAAGCAUGCAGCAAAUGAGUUUAUGGAGCCUGAUAUACAGCAGCUGCCUUAGGACAAUACAGCCAAUAGUAGGCAAUUUAGUUAUUUAUUGAACUCUUGUGUCUGGCUCAUAAUGAACUGGUUAAAGACAGACCUGGAAUUCCCUGUGUUCUUUAUUGUGUAAUACAUGCCUCACAUAAAAGUUGUGGACCACUCUGCCAAAUUCUCUCUCGGUAUUUCAUAAAUGCAAGUAGCUGUUGUCUGAUCUGGGAAUUUAAACAGAUGACCAGAGAAACAUGGCUGUCUAACCAAGUUAUUUGGGCACAAAAUACUGAAUUGGUUGGUGCAAAAGGUAAAAAGCACUAUAAUCAUUUGAUUAAAUACCUUCUCCCAGCCAGACUACAGGACUAAAAUACAAAUGUAAACAUAAAGGAUUUAUUUAUGUCAAAUAUUUGACAUUUGAAAAUAAACAUUUAUUCAUGUUACAACAUAUUACAUGUAUGAUGUUGAAAGUUAAAGUAUACAUACACUGUUAAAUAUAUUAUAACUAAAAGACAGGUACCAGUUUGGAGAAUGAAGUUCAUCAGUCUACUGCUCUAUUCAUUUUUUAAUGAAAAAUAUACAAAUAACACCCAAAUUAAUUAUGG